AGAGAGAAAAAGAGAGAGAGAGAGAGAGAGAGAGAGACGGCGGAAAAACACCACGUAGCAGGAUACUGAGGGACAGUGGAAGCGAGGAGCAGCCGAGGCCGUUCUCCCUUAAACCUUACAACUGUUGACGGCGAUAUACGAGGAGCUGUCGGGAGGUCGAAAUCUAGGGCACGUCAGCGGGAAGGCAGGGAAAGGGAAAGGAGGGAAAAUGGAGCUGGAGGACGGUGUGGUGUACCAGGACGACACGGGCACGUCGGCUAUGAUGUCCGACAGGGUGUCGGGCCUGGCCAGCUCCAUCUACCGCGAGUUCGAGCGGCUCAUCGGCAAGUACGACGAGGACGUGGUGAAGGAGCUGAUGCCGCUAGUCGUGGCCGUGCUGGAGAACCUGGACUCCGUGUUCGCGGAGAACCAGGAGCACGAGGUGGAGCUCGAGCUGCUUAAAGAGGACAACGAACAGCUCAUCACGCAGUACGAGCGGGAAAAAGCGCUGAGGAAACACGCCGAGGAGAAGUUCAUAGAGUUUGAAGACUCCCAGGAACAGGAGAAGAAGGAGCUGCAGAACAACGUGGAGAGGAUGAGCUCUCAUACACGCCAACUGGAGCUGAAGAUCAAGAACUACACCGACCAGAUAAGCCGUUUGGAGGAGCGGGAGGCAGAACUCAAGAAAGAAUAUAACUCUCUUCAUCAGCGACACACAGAGAUGAUUCACAACUACAUGGAACAUGUAGAACGCAUUAAACUCCAGCAAAUAACUGGAGGAGACGCUUCAGAUUCUGGAACGCUGGGUCGAGUCAGGAAAGAGCGGCCCCUCUCUCUGGGCAUCUUUCCCAUGUCUGGUGGAGGCGGGAACAACUCCCUGACCCCAGAAAUCCUGGGCCGAGCAGAGACUCCUGGAACAGAAGGCUGGAGAUUUAAUGACCUCAGCCAGCCGCGAUCCAACACCAGCCUCAAGUUGGAGGCGGAGGAUCCUCCACAGAAAAACGAGGGUAAAAGCGCGCAGGAGGCUUGGGAGAAUUCGCUGGCAGACGACUGCAAGGAUGAGCUAUCAGGUUCCAGAUCCACCACACCCAUGUCAACCACAGCCUCUGACCUGGCGCUAGACUCCCACAGGGAGGAGGGCGAUGGCUCCAGCAGGAGCACUGAGGUGCAGGCUGCACCAGGCACACGUACAGUCUCUGUGGGUUUGGUGGAGAACGAAGAGAAGUCUGAUGUACAAGCUAUUAUUGAUUCCACCCCAGAGCUCCAUCUGGACCUCAGCGGCUACAGAGGAUCCAGCACACCGAAUAAAGGCAUCGAGAACAAGGCAUUUAACCGGAACACAGACUCUCUGUUUGAGGAAUUGUCCUCUGCAGGUAGCGGCCUCAUCGGUGAUGUGGAUGAAGGGGCUGAUCUAUUGGUGGAGUACUCUGGCAUGGGACGGGAAGUGGAGAAUCUCAUUCUGGAGAACACACAGCUCCUGGAGACAAAGAAUGCGCUGAACGUGGUGAAGAAUGACCUGAUUGUCCGUGUGGAUGAGCUCACUUCUGAGAAGGAGGUUCUCCAGGGGGAGCUGGAUGCAGUCCUACAGGCCAAGGCCAAACUAGAGGAGAGGAACAAAGAACUGGAGGAGGAGCUCAAGAAAGUUCGAGUUGAAAUGGAGGAGGUCAAACAGAAAAGCAAAGAUGAAGAUGAGAGUGAUGUGCCCACGGCUCAGAGACGACGCUUCACACGGGUGGAGAUGGCGCGUGUGCUGAUGGAGAGGAACCAGUAUAAAGAGAGACUGAUGGAGCUGCAGGAGGCUGUCCGGUGGACAGAGAUGAUCCGAGCUUCAAGAGAAAAUCCUGCCCUUGCUGAGAAGAAGAAGUCUAGUAUCUGGCAAUUCUUCAGCCGGCUGUUCAGCUCCUCAUCCUCUAGCAGUGCAGUAAAGGCUUCCCCCUCCAACGUGAAGUACAACCCACCUAGUGGUAUGAGGAAGAGCAGUACCUUCUCCCAGUUCCCCACUGAGAGGUCCAAAGCUUUCGACUUCCUCAAAGAAGACGUGGACCCCUGCAGUUCUCCAUCCCGUAGGGAACAGAAGAAGGCUCAGUACCGCCAGGUGAAAGCCCACAUGCAGAAGGAGGACGGGCGGAUGACGGCUCACGGCUGGAGUUUGCCCAGCAAAUACAAGGUAGCAAAUGGUGCGCAAACAGACAACAAGAUGAAGAAUUUGCCUGUGCCUGUGUAUCUCAGACCCCUGGAGCAAAAAGAUGCUUCUAUGAAGCUGUGGUGUGCGGCCGGCGUGAACUUCUCGGGCAGCAGGCUGCAUGAAGGAGGAUUGAGUGUGUGUGCUGACGGCUCUGUGGCUGAGAGCGAGAGUUCUAAACAGAGGAAAGGCUCUCAGAGCAGCCUGGACCAGCUGGAGCAGGAACCUAAGGAGCUGGAGCAAGAGCCGCUGCAAAUAGAGAUGUCCAGCCGGGUUUGGAUCUGCACCAGCACCCACUCCUCCACAAAAGUCAUGAUCCUAGACGCCACACAGCCCUCUGAGCUGCUGGACAGCUUCUACGUCUGCAACUCACAUGUGCUGUGCAUCGCCAGUGUGCCAGGUGUCCUAGAGACUGAUUACCCUGCUGGAGAAGAAAUUCCUCAAGACUCAGAAGGGGUGCUUGAGGGCUCGUUGACUGGGAGUGUGGCCAGCAACAGCUCACAGGGCAGUGAAGGAGCGCUGAGUGGCAUCUCAGCGGUCGGUUGCACAGCGGAGGGGGCAGGCUCUGGCAGCACAGGAACCAGUGAGCUUCCAGCAGAGCUCAGCCCUGUCAGGGGUAGAGUGGAGUUGUCUAGGGAACCUAGCCCUAACGAAGACGGCGUCCCCACAGCAGAGGAGGCCACUGAGGCUACAGAGGAAGAGGAGGGAGGCACAGGAACAGAUGCCAGUCAGCCUGGCAUUUACACUGAGCACGUGUUCACAGACCCGCUGGGAGCACAGCCCGCUGAGACCACCGCAGCCACAGACAAUAAUACAGGGGAGUCAGGUCAGGAGAGAGAUGGGGCGGUGUCUCCGGGCAGUGAGCAGGACCAGGCCAAGGAAGAGACGCAGAGGAUGAGCAGCACUCUGCCCACCAUGUGGCUGGGAGCCCAGAAUGGCUGCUUGUAUGUGCAUUCUUCUGUGGCCCGGUGGAGGAAGUGCCUCCAUGCAGUGAAGCUGAAGGAUUCUAUUCUUAACAUAGUUCACGUUAAAGGGCGAGUGCUAGUGGCUUUAGCUGAUGGUACACUAGCCAUCUUCCACAGAGGUCUAGACAGCCAAUGGGAUUUAACCAACUACCACUUGUUGGACCUGGGCCGACCUCACCACUCCAUCCGCUGCAUGACGGUGGUGCAUGACAAAGUAUGGUGCGGCUACAGGAACAAGAUCUACGUCAUCCAGCCCAAAGCUAUGAAGAUUGAGAAAUCGUUUGAUGCUCACCCCCGCAAGGAGAGUCAGGUGCGUCAGCUGGCCUGGGUGGGUGAUGGCAUCUGGGUGUCCAUUCGUCUGGACUCCACUCUGCGUCUCUUCCACGCCCACACUUUCCAGCAUCUCCAAGACGUAGACAUUGAGCCCUACGUCAGUAAGAUGCUAGGAACGGGUAAAUUGGGCUUCUCCUUCGUGAGGAUCACAGCUCUCAUGGUGUCCUGUAACCGGCUGUGGGUUGGGACAGGAAACGGUGUCAUCAUUUCCAUCCCCCUAUCAGAGUCUGUGGGUCUACAGCAUGGACUCCUCAGGCUGAGGGCUAAUAAGAACGUGGGGGCUAUAGCUAGCCGGCCCGGCGGGGCAGUCCGCGUGUACGGGGACGAGAGUUCAGACAGUGUGACCUCAGGCUCCUACGUGCCCUAUUGCUCCAUGGCCCACGCCCAGCUCUGCUUCCACGGCCACAGAGAUGCUGUCAAGUUCUUCGCUGCAGUACCAGGUCAAGUCGUUCCCCCAACAACGUCACCUGAAAGCAUGACCCAAGACUCAGACGCUCCUUCUUCUGAUAGUCCAUCGCAGGAGCAGCAGUCCAGGUUCAUGCUGGUCAUGAGCGGAGGGGAGGGCUAUAUCGAUUUCAGGAUGGGUGAUGACGAUGGAGGGGGAGCGGGUGAGGAUGAGGAGCCGCUGGAGCCCACAGUCAAGCUGCAGUCAGCUCCCACUAAAACCGAGCGCAGCCACAUCAUUGUCUGGCAGGUUGCCACCGGCGACGAGUGACCGUCCAAUCACUGCCUCAGGUUCAACAGAGAGCUCCGCCCCCUCGAGUAACCCUACAUGGGCCUCCGUGACAUGUUUUUAUUUCACUAUUGUUAUUAUGAUUCUCGUUAUUAUUAGAACAGUUUCAGCAGCUCACAUCACCGGUGAUUUUUAUGAAGUCUAUGAGGUUUAUCAUUUUUUUAUGAAUUUGGCAUUUGUUCUUGACAAGACAUGAAGGUAAAUAGGGGAUCAGAAAAGAGGAGAAAAUGGCAGGGAAUAUUAAAGGGAGCAGAUGAAUCCGUCCAGGACUGUAAAUCCUGAAUGGUAAGUCCAAAUAAUGAGCAGUACUCUACUUGAGUACUGAAACACAGGGAUCAGUGAAGGAAAUGAGCAUUUUUAGUUUACGCCAUGACCAAGUGUAUUACCACACAUUAUACUGUAUAAGGGAUUAUAAUGCAGGUUCAAUUUGUAGGUUGUGUUGUUUUUGUUUGAUUGAUAGGCAUUGUGCAAGACCAGGCCACCUUCUGGAGCUAUGGGUUACAUGCGGUGGAACUGUGUUGAGGUAGAGGUUUCUAGAGCGUCAGGAAGCUAUUUUUGCUGAUUGUGGCAUGGGUCCUGUAUGUAUUAUCCUAGCACCUUAACGGCAUGGUGUGUGUAGGCAUGUCUCUCUUCGAGGGGUGUUUUCUUGCCUGCAUGGAAGAGUCCAGUAUGUCAUUCAUCAAGGCCCUAGCUCUAGAGUCCGUCUAGCGUGUUAGCACCUUUAUGCUAGAACUAGCUUGCUGGCACUUUAAAAUAGUAACUAAUGUACACCUACACUUACUCUAAGACCAACACGUGAGGUCUUUUAUGUUAUUCAAAAGGGACUACCCUGUUACCAAAGGACAAAUUGUAGAACUAAGAACAAAAGCUUAACAGCCUGGAUAUAGUCACUUGCAUUUCGCCCUAGGCGACUUUUUUUGACGUUUAGCGACGUUCUCUACACAAAAUCAGCGAUCAAAUUUUUUAUAGGACUGCUUUUUUCCUUGACAGGGAUUUUUUCAGAAAUCGAUUUCUGUUGCACCUUACAUCAUUUGUCUCCAAGCGCUAAGCCAGUGGUUUGGUUUUUUUUUGCUCAUUCGUUUCUGUCUUGACUCAAGUGUUUACGUGUACAGUCUGGGAUGUUGAGACCAGUCAGUAUGUUAUUAUUCCCAUUCCUUUGCUGUUUUUGUACACUUUGUGUGUGAGAUGGUAUAGUCUUUUCUUUGGCGGUGUUUGUCAAAAUGAAUGCAGGACGGGGCCAAUGUUUGUCUUUUUUUGUAUUUGAAGAAGAAAAAAAAAUAACCGGCUUGCAAGUGGUCUAGUUUUGUUUUUAUUCCGACUUAGAAAGGGAAUAUUCAUAUCGUCGGUAUUGCCAUUCCAGUAUUUAUUUUUCAUAAUGAACUUUGUUGUUCAGAAUGUAACUUUAUACAUGAGAAUUAUAUUAGUUUGACAUAACUCAUGUGACGUCAGACACACUCAGAUUUGUUUCGUGUGUUCUCGCAGACAUUGUGAAGGAAUCGCAUUAAUACUGGUUGUAACAUCAUGGACUGAAGUAGGUAGGGUAUACAGAAUAACCUCUGUGUGGAUCAUCUGGAAAAUCAACACAUUCAUUGUACUAAGCUAUGCAUGUUUUUUAAAAGGACACUGCGGCGUAUUUGUUCAAAUCCCUGUUUAUUGCCACCUUUUUGGGUGGAUGUGUGUGCGGGUGGGUGUAUGUUUGGGUGACUGAUGUAGAAUUGUACUGAAGCUCCAGUAGCUGCAGUUGUGUGUAUGUGUGUGUAUGCAUAUGCGUGGAUGAUUGCUUGAUCCCUUGAAGGGGAAUUCCACCAACUUUUCAAAAUUUCUGCAUAAUUCAGUCAUUGAGGUUUAAACAAAAGCAUUCAGAGUGGUUUGAUGUGAAAUAGGUAAUUGUUGAGAAAAAUACUGACUCAGAUUUCUUCACAGCGGUGACAGGAACCAGGGCCAUUUUAUUUACCAUCCAGAACAACUGUAGAUAGGGAAGGACACUUUCCAGUCAAAAAUGGCACUUUCAAUUUCCGGCUAAAAAAGAAAAAAAGGACAGAUUUUGUCCAAAAUAUAGUGUCAAAAUCUGAGACUUUAGACGUAAUUUUAAUGCUAAUGAAAAUUAGACAUGGCGAUAAAAUAAGGACUGUUUGUUCCCUUCAUUUAACGCUCAAAAACUUUUCCACUACAGUUUUGGUGCAACUUGGUAACAUGACAUUCUGCUUAAUAUGCAGAAUACUGAGAAAUACCAGAAGCAGAAGUGAACGUUCUUUGGAGCAUGCUAAUGCUAUCUGUAGCCACAGUUUAUGAAAUGACAAACAAUAUCACAAAAAAUAGUGUAAUUUGUUGGAAAACGAAUCCGUUUGCUGUUGUCGAAGACAUUUUGUGGCACAUCCUGUAGCCUACAGUUCAUUUUAUGUAAACUCGUUUUAUUUAUUGUUUUCGGCCCAAUGUGUCCUGAAUUUUGGUUUUGGCUAAGGAUUUUCAUUUUGGUGUAUCACUACCUGUAAAUUUUCAUUAUUGUCAUCAUUCUUCUAUAUUAAAUCUUGUAUAUUGUGUACUGUAUUGUAUAUUGUUUACUGUAUAUGUAUUAUAUUCUAUGUUUGUGCAGUGUGCUACAACAGAGUUGAAUUACAUCUUGUUGCACCGGAUUCAAUUGUCACCAACAUGUUGUGUGGCAAUACAAAGAAUCAAUCAAUCAAUCAAUUAUAGAUGUAAAGUUGAUAAUGGUAAAACAGUGAAGAAUCUAAAAAAAUAUUUUUGGGGGAAUAUUUUGCCUUACAGUAUCCUGCAUGUACCUCUACACAAUAAAUGUGUUUUGUAAAAUAUGUUUUAGGCCAAAAGCUAAAACAAACAAUUUCUCACACUUCAGGCAGUGUAUUUGUAACCAUUUCAGUGUAAUAAUCUUCUGGAGGGAGCUUUCAGAGGAGUCAUACUCUUAAGACGUCUGGUUCCUAUCACCGCCACUGUGAACAAUUCUGACUGUAUAUUUCUGUAGGACAGAGCAUUUCACAUCAAACCUCUCUGAAUGACUGUUUACAUCGCAACCAUUUAAUUGUGCAGAAAUUUUGAAAGAUGGGUGGAAUUCCCCUUUAAAUCUCACAGGAUGUGCUGUGGUUGUCACAGCUUGUCAUUACUGUGGUUUUUCCUGUUCAAUGUUUGCUAAAACAGCAUCAUAGCCUUAUUUUUAACAAUCUAUUAAACUCAAUUUCAUGGGGAAUUAA